AUGUCGCAACCGUCAUCCCUCUUAAGGAAAAGCUCAGGUAAAAGCCUAUCAGUAGCUUCAGCCACUCGAUCUUCUUUACUUGGAGCUAGAGGUAUAUUAGAUGUACUAAAUAAUAAUAAUAACAAUACUAAUAAUAAUAAUGGAGCUGCUAAAAGACGAUCUAUCUUGGGUACUCCUGCUUCGACCAAUAGACGAAGACAAAGCUUAGGUUUAUCAAGUCAACAAUUAUUUCCUUCAUCAUCUCAACUUAGUUCUCAACAAACCCCACAACCUCAACCUCGAUCUCAAUUAACUCCAUCUCAACAAAUAACUCCAAUAGCAGAUCAACGACCUUUAAAGGAUAAAAAUUAUCAAUUAUUAAUUCUGCAAGAAAUAUAUGACUUUUUAAUAACCAAUAAGUUUGAACUUGAAAUGAAUCAUACAAUAACAACAAAAACUUUAAGACAACCAACUCAAAAGGAUUUCACAUUAAUAUUUAAAUUUUUAUAUAAUAAGAUUGAUCCUUAUUAUGAAUUUAGUAGAUCAGUUGAAGUGGAUAUUUUCCCUCUACUCAAAAUCCUUAAUUAUCCUUAUUUGGAAAGUAUAAAUAGAUCUCAAAUAAGUGCAGUUGGUGGACAAAAUUGGCCUUCAUUUUUAGGUGUAUUAUAUUGGUUAAUUAAAUUAAAUUUAUCUGUCCCCAAUCUAGAUAUAGAUGAUUCAUUAAUUAGUCCUGAUGAUGAAUUUGAUCGAAUCUUUAUAAAAUAUAUUCGAGAUUCAUAUAAUGAUUUCAUAAAUGAACGUGAUGAUUAUAGUGAAUAUUAUAAUGAAAUGCAAAUUGAAUUUGAACGAUUAAAUUCUAAUUUAAAUAAUGAUAUCCAAAAAUUACAACAAGAGAAUAUUAAUCUUCAAAAACAGUAUGAAGAAAUAAAUAAUCAAUUAAUAGAACUUCAACAAGCAGAAAAGAAAUCUUUAGCAUUAGAAGAUGAUGUUAUUAAAUUCAGAGCAUAUAUAGAAACCAUGGAAUCUCGAAAAUCUAAAUGGUCUGAAAUACUUAAUAAAAUUAAAGAAGAAAUAGUAAUUCGAGAAAAUGAAGUAGAAUCAAUUAAUGAAUCAAAAAAGGAAUAUGAAAUAAAGAUUUUAAAGCAAGGUAUAACUAUAAAUGAUAUAAAUAAUUUAAAUAAUGAACGAGAUAAAUUAUCUAAAUCUAUUGAUCUUAUUACCAAUAAACUGGAGGAUAUACGAACUCGAUUGGAUGAUAAAGAAAUUGAAUUAACAAAAAAUUAUCAAAGUUUACAAAAUUUUAUUAAACAAUAUAAUAAUCUUAUUCAAAAGAUUAAAUCACCCGAAUAUAAUUUUGAAAUUAGAUUAAAUGAAAAUAUCAUUAAUCCAAGUUCAAUUAAUUCAGAUAUUGCAUUUAGUCCUGAUACCAUUAUUGAUAAAACAUUAAAGGAUGAAAAGAUUGAAUUAUUAAAAUAUCGAUCAUCAGUUAAUAUAAAAGUUCAUCAAUAUCAAGAUGAACAAAUUAAAGUUCAAGAACAAUAUGAUUUAAUAAAUGAACAAAUUCUGGAACAAACAGAAUUAUUGGAUGAAUUAGGUAGUAAACUUACCGCCAGUAAAAUGAAUUAUGAUGAAAUCUAUGAUUCAAUGAUUAAUGAUUCAACCACUUAUUCUACUCAAAUAGAAAAAUUAGAAAGAGAAUUAAGAUCAAUUAAGAUUAAUACUAAUCAGGGAUUCAUAGAAUUAGAAAAUCAAUAUCAAAAUAUCCUAAUAGAGUAUGAUGAGAUUUCUCAUAAUAUAGCCAAAUCAAAGAAAGAAUUACUUGAUAAAUGUUGUAAAAUGGCCGAAUACAUUAUGAAUUUCAAAUUAAAUAUUCAAACCAAUUUAUUAGACCUCGAUGAUUUAGCAGUAAUAGAGUUAGAAACUGAACAAAAGGAACUUCAACUUAGUACUCGAGAUCAUGAACCUUCUUCCACUUCUACUACUACUGAUUUACCUACUAAUUAG